AGCCAAAGGUACCCAAAGCCUAGGAUCAAUACAUAGUCACGACAGAUUCAAAGCUUAAUUACUAGAGCUAUUUCCUUCAAAAAAAAAAAAAAAUUACUAGAGCUAUUAGAUAUGGCUUCAGGUAGUCUUUUCUGUGUCCGUGCCUUUGUCUUGUUGGCUCUUGCAACCACAGCUUUCUCACAGCUUUCUCCCAAUUUCUACGACAAUUCUUGUCCACAUGCUUUGUCGACUAUCCAAAGUGCUGUCCGGACGGCAAUAUACAAAGAGCGACGCAUGGGCGGUUCUUUACUACGUCUCCAUUUCCACGAUUGCUUUGUUAACGGUUGUGAUGGUUCAGUUCUUCUUGAUUCUACACCCACCAUUGACAGCGAGAAAACUGCAAUUGCCAGUAACAAUUCCAUCCGAGGAUUUGAGGUGGUGGACAAUAUCAAGUCCGAGGUCGACAAAGCCUGUGGAGGUCCGGUGGUCUCAUGUGCAGAUAUAUUGGCUGUCGCUGCUCGUGACUCUGUCGUUGCGCUUGGAGGGCCAGCAUGGGAGGUGCAACUAGGGAGGAGAGACUCAACCACAGCCAGCAGGACUACAGCCAACGCCGACCUCCCGCUGUCGAACAUGAACCUCCCCGAAUUGAUUGACAACUUCAAAAAGCAAGGCCUCGAUGAGACAGACCUUGUCGUGCUCACCGGUGGCCACACCCUAGGGUUUGCACGGUGCCUUACCUUUAGGGACCGCAUUUACAAUGAGACAAACAUCGACGAAGCAUUUGCAGAAAAGCUUAAAUCCACAUGUCCAAAAAAAACCAAUGAUGGAGACUCAAACCUUGCUUCCUUGGACCCAACACCGGCAUAUUUUGACACAGCAUACUUCAAUAACUUGGUUCAGCAGAAGGGGCUUCUCCACUCGGAUCAGGCACUGUUCAGUGGAGGCUGCACAGAUCCGUUAGUGAACAAGUAUAGCUCAUAUCCCAUUGCUUUUUGGCAGGAUUUUGCCAAGUCCAUGGUGAAAAUGGGCAAUAUAAAACCACUGACGGGGUAUCAAGGAGAAAUCCGCCUGAGCUGUAGCAAAGUGAACCAAUAAGUUGAAUUGCAUGACCUAUAUUUAUACCUUUGUUAAUUGUUUUGUUUGAAAAAGUACUCGAUGUAACACGAUUAAAGACCAAAAUAAUUUUUGUAUUUUGAAAAGUAUUUUCUAUUUGAAGUACGUUGUUUAUUUGUAAAA